AUGCAAUCAUUGCAGCAAGGUGUAUUUCCUGCACGACAACUCUACACAUCAUCAUUGUCUAGCAGUGAUAUUGCAAUGGCAAAUUCGAAUGUAAGCCAAAUUGCAUGGAAUAUACAUUUACGACAAGUAGCAUUGAAUUUGAUGACAUUGCAAAGGCUACAAGCUGCAAAUAAUGCAGAACGAAUUAUUCCUAACAAGCAAUCUUAUCCAAUGCAUAUCGCUUCUGCUACAACUGCAGCUGCAAACAGUGAAGAAGGAAAUGUGCAAUCUUGUACAACUUAUAAUAGCAAAUUAUUCAUUAAUGCAUAUUCAUUAAAACAGCAUAUGCUUGAGCAAAACAAUCAAUGUUCAACAAUAUCCGGUUCCGAGAAGCAAUUCAAAUGUAAGCAAUGCGGUAAAGCAUUCAAACGUUCCUCAACUCUAAGUACCCAUUUACUUAUACAUAGUGAUACAAGACCAUAUCCAUGUGAUUAUUGCGGUAAACGUUUUCAUCAAAAAUCGGAUAUGAAGAAACACACAUAUAUUCAUACUGGUGAAAAGCCUCACAAAUGUAUGGUAUGUGGUAAGGCAUUCUCUCAAUCAUCAAAUCUAAUCACUCAUUCACGUAAACAUACUGGCUAUAAACCAUUUUCCUGUGAUAUUUGUGGUAAGACAUUUCAACGAAAAGUUGAUCGCCGUCGACAUCGUGAAUGUCAUCAUUCCAGCAAUAUUUGCAUUCAUCGACCACUGCGAAAUAGUAUCGAUCGGAGUGCUUCAAAUAAUUAUGCAAAUUUGAUGAACCGAUCAUCGUUCGUGAAUUCGGAUCAUCCUGAAAUAUCAAAUAAUGCAGUUUUGAAUCCGAAAUCAGUGCAUUUUCAUAUGCCAGAAUCUGAUGAGGCAUUAAAUCUUAGCUCAAGAUAG